CUUGUGAUUAAUUAUUUGUUUUACAGUACGAUAAUUGAGAGGAAUGUAAUAAGGCUGUGAUGUGAAAUUUGAGAUAAAUGAAGUAGUUUGGGCUAAAGUCUUAGGCUGUAAGUAGUUUUUUAAGCUUUAGAUCCAUGGUGGCCAGCAUAAGUAAUUAUAGAAUAAUCAUAAAUAGAUCUCUUCAAUUUCGAAUAGGAAGACUAGCACAAUUUAAUUAUGGAGAGUUAAUUUUUUAGCAGAUGGAACACAGUAUUUGUUUAUAUAAAAGUUUAGUGCUGAUUUACGUCUUGAAAAAAUUAGGAAAUGGAAUGAUAGGCCAAUAUAGACAGAAACAAAGAAAUUGAAGGAAGCAAUAGAAUUAGCUAAUAAAAUAUUGAAUGGAAAUUAUUAAAAUAUAUUGCCUAGUUUAUAAAAUUUGAAUGAGCAUUUACUUAAAAGUUUAGUAAUUAGAUUAUAUGAUUUAAUAAGAAAUGAUAAAUAAAUGGAUGAUGUAAUUGUUCUUAUAAUAAUUUAGGUUGUUCAAUUAUUAAAUGAAAUAUCAAGUAAUGAAUUAUUGUCAAUCGUUAAAAUGAAUCUUGGUUAACAGUUAUUUAGAUUACAUCAAAUUCAUCAAAGCAAAAGAUAAACAGAGUUCGAAAAUUUACUUCAAUCAUUUAUAGAUUAAUUAAUUAAUUCAAUUGGUUAUAAAGAAUAGAUUGAGUAAACAAACAGUAAUAAAAAAAAAUUUAAAUAAUUCCUAACUAAUGAGGAACCUCUUGAAGAAAUUACAAAAUGUGUAAUUAUUUAAGAUGGACCUGAUAGUAAAAGAAAAAAAGUAGAAGAGAAUCUUUAGAAUACUUCUCUUAAUUAAUGA